AUGGGACAGACGUCAUCCACGCAACGAGAUCAACGGCCAGAACACCCCUCACGAGCUACUCUAUCCUCCCCUCCUCACAGCAAUGGCCACAGCGGCACUCUGAACGCUCAAGAGAUGUCGGAACGAUCGGUGGGCGGCCAAACCCCUCACGAUGAGGGGUUUGCGUCGAACAGAAACAAUAUCUUCAACCUGAUAACAGACCCAUCGACGUCUAAUACGUCUAACCCUGCUUUCAACGAUGCCAUGGUGUCAAACAAUACCUCCAGCUUCUCACAUGACCUUCGAACGCUCCCUGAACCCGUCCAACAGGCACCUCCCCGCAGUGCUUCAACAGCCUCACGUCUCUUAUCAAGAAGACAGUCCACGAUGUCUCGGCUAGGCACACGCAUUCUGCCUAAUUCUGUCAUACGAGGUCUACUGAGUAGUGAAGAAGAAACGGCGGCGGAGGGCCAUGCACACCGAAAUGGGCGUAUAAUGAGACCCGUUCCCAGAACGGAGGUUAUCCACAACCCCAGUCGUUUUUCUCCAUUUAACGCCUUGGGAUCUCGUGGCAUCACCCGGCGUCGCUCAAUACGCGGACCCUACCCUCUUCCACGAGGUGAUUCAGCGUUGAUUCCCGAUUCGCCGCCCAAUCCAACCUACGUCAACCCAGCUAUCAGCAAUGUCUCUGCUUCACAUAGAGGGUGGCGUCGCAGCCCACGUCUGAAUCGAGUUCGAAAUUCGCUAUCCACUCCCAUUUCUCAUAUCUUUGGUGCAGCGCCGACCUUGCCAGACCCAGAGGAGAUGAGAAUUCCGCCACCACGGCCAUUACGUUCUAGCGUCACAGAGGGCAUGGAUCAGCUGCUACCUCCUCUGGAACCGAUGGACAUGCAUAUGGAUUUGGAUGGAACCCCUACAUCUGACUUGGCACAACAAUCUAUGACUGAUUUGCAAACACUCUCUUCAUUGCCUCUUCCCAGGUCAUCGCAAGGUUUGGGGCCCGGUCCUAUUCGGCGUCUUCCUGGUAUCUUACGAACUCGCUCUUCACGACUUCCACGUAGAGAAGAGCAAACACCAUUAUCCCGUGUAUUGCAGGUAGCCGCGGCUGCGAUCGCGGCCCAACUGUCUGGAAAUACAACCCCAACGCUCCCUAAUAUUCAAUCUCUUGGAAACGAAGGAUUUGACGCGUCGUUGGAGAGCCUUUUCCAAAGUCUACAACAAGCUACAUCCGCCCAAGACAAUCUUAUGGGCUCUUCCGGGGGUCAAAACGCUUCCCAGCCAGGUGCUCCAACGCCUCUGAAUUUUCUCCGAGUAUUCCGCUUCUCCAAUAGCGAUGGCCCAGGUGGUCGAGCCGCUAAUGGAGGAACCGAGCAGAUGGACAUGGAGGAUGGUGCUGAGGAAGGAUCUGAAGGCCGGACCGUCACAUUGGUUGUCGUGGGAGUCCGCUCUGUACCAUCCAAUGGACCACUUGGCAAUCCGCAAAAUGGCGGUGGUAUUGGCCUGGAUACACUUCUCGGUCUGCCACAUCUCCCUCCAAUCAAUGGCAAUACAUCCCAGGAAGGAGGUAAUCUCAGUAAUCCUAUUCGAAAUACGGACGGUGCAUCUAGAUUACCAACAUCGCGCUUCAAUAAUGGAGGCGUAAGCUCUUCUACGGAUAACUUGAACAGUGGUCAUGCUCGCCCAACGUCAGGUAUUUUCCGCAACCCGUCGGACCCAACUUCUCCGGCUCUUCCAACUGUGCUGGCAGACAGUCCUCCUGGACCAUACCCUCCACCUUCCACACCAGCUGAAGCACCUACCACAAUGUCCUCCGGAGACUCCACUCCCAGCCGCAGACCAUCCUCUGCAUCAGCCAUGUCUCCAAAUCUUCUACCUCAAGUCCAUGAAGAUCCGCUUCAAGAAUCUACUCAACCCGAGUCGUAUCCUCCUACUGCUGGUAGUGGUGUACGACAGCGACGCCGAAGCGACUCGGAGUUUGCUCGCCAUCGUCAUUUUGGCUCGGGAUCUUCCAGGCGCCAUGGAGUGGUGGAACCUGAUCAGCCCACACCAUCUGGAGGUCGUACCUGGGUCAUUUACGUUGUUGGUACUAACCUUUCGGAGAAUCACCCAGCUUUUGCGACUCCAAGCUUAUUCACUGAUAACCCAACAUAUGAAGACAUGAUUCUUCUUUCGUCACUUCUAGGACCAGCGAAGCCUCCUGUCGCCACACAGGCAGACAUCACUUCAGCAGGUGGGCUCUUCCGCCUUGUUGAAUACGCGGGAUCGCUAGUUGCAGAGGCUUUGGAAGGCGAUCAAACAAUCAAUAUUGGUGAAACAGAGAGGUGUUUGAUAUGUCUAAGCGAUUAUGAGGCCGCAGAAGACGUCCGGCAGCUUACAAAAUGCAAGCACCUUUAUCACAAGGAGUGCAUAGACCAGUGGUUGACUACCGGACGAAAUUCCUGCCCUCUGUGCCGUGGGCAAGGAGUUACUGAAUCUUCGUCUAGCUCAAAUCCUAUUCCCACUCAGGAAUCGCCUGCCUAA